UCUCUGAAGGGAGGGCGGGAGAGAAAUAGAGAUCAAAAACGUUUCUUUUGCUGUGGGCCAGCCAAGCCCCAAAGGCACUCAGUCAUCAUGGCCUUGAAACCCGAAGACCCAAGUAGUGGGUUCUGGCAUGGUAAAGUGAUGGCUUUCAUCAACGAGAGGAUGUCCAGGCACGCGAAAGGCCCAGAGUUCUACCUCGAGAAUCUCUCUCUGUCCUGGGAGAAGGUGGAGGAUAAGUUCAAGGCCAUCCUAGAGGACUGUCAGGUGCCCGGCCAGGCCAAAGAGGCCUGUGCCUGGAGCAGCCUGGCCCUGGGCAUGCGUUUUGCCUGCAGACAGAACCAGUUACACGGGCACAGGGUGCAGUGGCUGCACGACUUAGCUGGGCUGCACAAGUCGGCCGCACAUGCUUUGGCCUCAGACCUCAAGUUGUUCGUGGCACAGCACGAGAUGGAAUGUAAGGAAACAGCCUUCCAGCUGCAACAAAUGCAGGCCAACCUGGAGAAGAUGCGGAAGGAAAGGGAUCAGCUGAGGUCGAAGCUCUUCCAGGCAGAGCUGGAGUCUCUGCGGGAACGAGCUGCCAAGGGACCAGGUCUGGCUAUGGCCACUGCCAGUGGGCCUGAGACACAAGGAACCAGUGAAGAGGAAGAGGAGGAGGCAGGGGCCACUGCUACUCCUGCUCCCGCUUCUGAAGCCACAAGAGGAGAAAGACAGGAGGAUGCGGAAGGGGCGGGAGCUGCGGGGGCAGAGGAAGCUGAGGAGGCAGCAGAGGAGAUGGUUGUAGACAUUAUGCAGCUUCUCAGCGAUAUAUACCAGAAAAGUCACACCUCUGGUGGGCAGAGGAAGGGAGAUUGCAGGUCCAUGGAAAGAGCCAGGCGUUAUCUAUGUAAAACAACCAAGUCCAUGUAUACAGCCUCUCCAUGGAACCUUCCUGUCGAGCUCCCUGCCUCAUUCACAUACUCAUCUCCUUUUCUAGAUGCACCCACACCAUCCACACCCACAUUAUCCCCAAGCGCAUCAUCCUCACCAGCAGCAGCAGUCACAGCAGGAGCUCCAGCUCAAGCAUCUCCCCAUUGCAGGCCCUUUGAUGUUAGCUUGUGGUCUAAUGGGGGGGGGGCCUGGGGAAUAGACCGUCAAGAACCCACCAGAAAUAGGAGUGACUAUGAUCCCCAUCAGCAAAGAAAACCUACAGCAUUUCGAAGGCCAGGGGAUUGGAACUGCCUUUGGUGUAAAGCCAUGAAUUUUUCAAGGCAGAAAAUUUGCUUCCACUGUGGGAGAGAUAUCUGGCUACAGAACCCUUGAUUCAAAAAUGUCAAACAGAGUAGAAACUUAACUGAUGGGAGAUCAGUUUUCAGAGGGAGGGGAAGGGGAGGCGCGGAAGAGGGCUUGGGAAGAAUAGAGAGAAAGGGUGGGUGGUUAAAUAGGGGAAAGGAGUUGUGAGAGAGGAGGUGAAAGGGGUGGGAGAGAAGGUAUGGGAUAGUGAUUGGGGAAGAUGUAGAUUGGGGGGUUAAGGGGAGAGAGAUAUAUGGAGAAAAAGACUUGUUUUUGACAACCCCGUUUGUGUUCCAGACCACUAGCCUUCGACACGCUAGAACUGCUGCAGCUUCUGUUUGUAUUUCUUUUCCCAAACCUAGUAUCUGGUGGACCUGGGCAGCCAGUAUAUAGCACCCCAACUCCCUGCAUUACCCCUCCCUUCACUAGGCUGUAGAUCAUUGGAGCAGGAGUGGACUAGUGGGGAUUCCUGCAUCCCACGUCUCCAGGAAUGAACUGGACAAGAAGUUCAUUCAUGUUCUGAGCAAGUUAUAUGAGAAACAAAGCAGACCUGAAGUUAACCCCAGGUUUACAACAGGGCACAGAUUCACCAAUCCUAAAGGAAUCCCUCAGGGCUUCAUACAGAGGACGCCAGCACCAGCUGCAGACAAGGACUGCUGUCGUUGUUCAGCCUCCUGACAAGAGAAUCGUCCCCAGUCUUCACUUCCAACUAGGGACAGGCAGAUCUGAACAGGGAACUUGUGCCACUGCCAAGCUCACAGGUGGAAUGAUGUUGAGAAAUUAUACCUGGACCAGACUGAGGCACAACUGGAGGAGCCCUGAACAUUCACUGGGAACUGUGACCCUAAAGAUUGAAACUUUUUAUGACCCUAAACUAACCCUGGGACAUUUCUACAGCAGCUUGAUGUGACUCUUGGUUGUCUCCUUUGGGGGCAGAUGUGCAUAAUUGUUACCAGGAUCUGUUGCCAGAUCCCUAGCUAGUUAUUAAAAGGCUUUCACUUGA